AUGAACGGCGGUGAACUUAUACUAGAGACCCGGAAACCGGUACUGGGGCCAGGGCACCCCGAUACCCUAACCAGUAUGGCCAACCUAGCAUCCACAUACCGGAAACAAGGACGAUGGAAAGAAGUAAAAGAGCUGGACGUGCAAGCACUGAAUACCCGGAAGCAGGUGUUGGGGCCAGAGCAUCCCGAUACUCUAACCAGUAUGGCCAACCUGGCGUUAACAUACUGGAAUCAAGGACGAUGGAAGGAAGCAGAAGAGCUGAACCUUCCCGAUACUCUAGACAGCAUGCACAAUGUUGCUUUUACCUUGAAAUCCCAAGGGAAGAUUCACCCUGCCUUGGCUUUAAUGGAACAGUGUGUUGAGCUCCAUAACAGGGCAUUAGGCCCUGAUCACCCAGCCUCCACAUCCUCAUCUCGGUCCCUCAGGGAGUGGAAGAAAAUGGACGAUAAACAAAGUCAAGACCUUCAACCUCAAGAGACCUCUACAGAAUUCUCACCAGUAUUGGUGAUCACAAAAGCACCUGAUGAAGAACACAUUACCCUGCGUCAAACCAGGAGCGAUCAACAACUCCUAUCAAACAGUUUCUUGAAAACUAUCCCCUCCGAGACCUUAUAG